AUGAAGGGAGAGAUGCUUGGUAUUGUGAUAGUAGAGUCAGGGUGGGGAUCCAUGGUGCUGACCGUGGUCCUGGUCAACAUGUACCCCUCAGGUCCGACCGCCCGCUGUGGACAGCUAAACAUCGGGGACCAGAUCAUCUCCAUCAAUGGAAUCAGCCUGUUCGGACUCCCUCUCUCAGCCUGUCAAAACUACAACAAGACAAGUAAGAACCAGACAGUGGUAAAGUUAACGGUGGUUCCCUGUGCACCAGUGGUGAAGGUCUUGAUCAAGCGACCAGACGUCAAAUAUCAGCUGGGAUUCAGUGUCCAGAAUGGAGUGGUAUGUUCUUUAUUACAUACUGUCAAGAUGUCAAGAAUUCUAGAUUUUUAA